CUAAAAUUCUCGACUAUUUCGUAGUGCCUUGAAACAAGCUGCUGAAAAUUUCCUCUUCCUCCUUUCACAAAAUCCACACACUCAAAAACCUCAACAAUGGCGAUUACGUUAUUAUGGAAUCUCCAAAACCUAUGGCCAUUCUCUUCCUUCAAAUCCACCGACCUCAAAUCCUCCAAACAACUCGUAAGCAAACUCAACCUCCCCGAUCACACCAAACAAUUCGUAUUCGCAUUACGCGAUCCCAAAACCCAAUCCCUAAUUUACAUUCUCUCAUCCCUCAACCUAUCCGAACGAUCGUCUUUCGACGCGCAAUCUCUCAUCAAUGAAAUCAAACCCGACGCCGUUAUUGUUCAAGCCGGUGCUGGUGGUUUUUCCCCUUUAGAUGAUGACGAUGAUGAAGACUUUGAUGUUCCGGUACCUACUUCUUCUUUUGGUGUUGUUAGACGGUGUUUUGUUGAUAAAAUUGGUAGGGAUAAGUAUGAGAGUGUUGCGGGGGAUUUUGUUCUUAGGGAGAUUUUUGGGACUGGGUUUAAUGGUCCUUUGUUGGCGGCUAAAAAGGCUGCUCAGGAUGUUGGUUCGGAUUUCGUUGUUGUUCAAUCGCCGUUAGGGAGUUCUUAUUGGAGUAACAACAAUGAUAGUGAUAGUAAUAAUUCUGGUGGAGUUGAUGGUGGAAACAGAUUUAUGAGUAUUGUGAAUAGUUUGGUUCCUCAGCAGCAAACUGCGGGGUCUUUGGCUUCGAUGGCGAGGAGAUUUUCUGUUAAUAAAGAUAUUAGGAUGGUGUUGGCAGAGGGUUUAUCUGGCUGUAUGGAUCCUCUUUUGAUUGGUAAUAGUAAAAAUGAGUCUGUUUCUGGGGUGGGUUCGGUGGAAAUUAAGCCGGCGACUAGUUAUGAUACUCCUGCUUUUGCGAAGUCUGUUUAUCCUUUGCUUGAGGACUUGCAUGAUAUGUUUUCGGAUUUGCCGUCAAUGGGGAAUGCGUUGGCGCAUGUGCAGAAGAUGUUGUUGGAUGUGAAUAGAGGGGAGGUUCUUGAUACUAGAACGGUUUCUGAGGUUUAUACUUUUAGGAUUGCGGUUGAGGGGCUUAGAAUAGCUUUGAAUAAUAAGGGGUUGAGGCCAAUUGAGGAGAAAGGUGUUUCGAAGUCGGAUAAGGUUGAGUUCUCGGAGCUUGAGGUUGAUGAGAAGUCACAAGUGCUGUUUGCACAGUCUAUUCGUAGUCAGACAGAUAAGUUUAAAACCAUUGUGGCAAUAGUUGAUGCUGGUGUCUUGGCGGGUAUUAGGAAACACUGGGAUACUCCUCUUCCUGAUGAAGUUAAAGAGAUUGUUGGAGAAUUGAUCACAGGUGAAGGGGUUAGUUUAAAUAAUGGUGAAAGGAAGCGGUUGUUAGCAGAUAGACCUGUGGUGGCAGUUGGGGCUGGAGCAACAGCAGUUUUAGGAGCUUCAUCUCUGACCAAGGUAGUCCCCAUGUCGACACUGACCAAGGUUGUUACUUUCAAAAUUCCAACUUCACUCAAGAUUAUUCUCAGCCAAUUGCAGAAAAUACUGAGUGUUGCAGUUGGUCCAUCUAAAGUUGUGGCACCCGGCUUUGCAACUUCUGGGGCCAAAACAUCGGGUUUCAUGAAGGCAGCUGCAUCUGCUGAAAAGAUUAGAGUUGUUACUCACAGUGUUAUAGCCUCUGUUGAAAAAAACAGUGUUUCUGCUAUGAGGACGGCAUUCUAUGAAAUAAUGAGGAAGCGAAAGUUGCAGCGUAUUGGCUUCUUGCCGUGGGCUACAUUUGCAGGCAGCAUCGGAACUUGCACAGGCUUGCUUUUGUAUGGUGAUGGGAUUGAAUGCGCUAUUGAAUCACUCCCUGCCGCCCCUUCAAUUGCUAGUUUGGGUCGUGGGAUUCAAAAUCUACACGAGGCAUCUCAAGCGGUGAUGCAAACAGAAGGAACUAGAGUCCAAAAAUCAAUAGAAUCUCUUGUAAACAGAAUAAGAAAGACAAAGGAUCAAUAGAAAAACAAUAUAAUUCUUUUUGAUGUACAGUUUUUGUGGUUUUCUUCAUAAAGUGGUGAUAACAUGAUUGAUUAACUCUUAAAGUGGACCAUAUCUGAUUCGCAAAUACAUACUUCCGAAAAUUAAGAUAACCUGCAUCUUUGAGGAGUAAUAUAAAAUACGGGCUUUUUAAUACUUAUAAAUUUUGUGAUGCCAUAGUAAUUGGAAUUGAUUUUGUGACUAUUGAUGAUUCAAGCUCACAAAAACGGUUUCUUUUACUGCAAGUGGUCCUGAAGUUAAAAAAAUUUGAUCCGGACCAUUUGUUAAUACAUGUGCUCUACUUUGCUCUCUUUAGUUCGACUCUAGUAUAUAUACCUUGGAAUUUAAUCCGGUGGAUUUUGAUUAUCUGAAGAUUGGUAGUGUGUUUCUGUAUCUGUUUAUUAUGAGUUACACACAUUCCAAUGUACAAUUUUUUAGCAGAAUUUUCUUGUUACUGCAUGAAUGUUAGUCUGGUAGUGGCAUGGUUUUGGACGGAUAUACAGACAUGGUAUCAGUUUUUUUUCUUACAAUAAACAUGCUAUGAGUUGGUGGUUGUUAAUGUUACAAGUAUCUAGAAUUUCAGUGUUUUACCUUGUUUGAUAAUGUGGAAGAGGAAUUAGAAUAUGCUCAUAUUCUUUUUGGUUUCUUUUCCUGCAUUGUUCUUAAAAGUGGUGGAAGGGGGGCAUUAGAUUUAUCAUUUAUGAUUCUUGUUCCAGUAGAAACUUAUUUUUCAGGUUCUUCAAGCUCAUUCUAACAGCGUUCUCUUGGAAAGUACUGUAAUGCAUUUGUGAAGAUCUGAUUCCUAUCAGAUACUGUAGCCUUUUCUAGGAUGUGAAUGUGGGAUACGGAUCCCCCGACUUUAACGCGGGAAAGUUAGGAUGACUUUGGACCAAUUUCAUGAAUUGGAUCAAUUGUGUAUCAUAUAUAUAGAGACACGAAUCAUGCUUUUUAAUUUUAUUUUUAAAAGUAAAUCUUAAAUAAUCAUGAUCAGAAAUGAUUCAAGCAAGCAUCACCACAAAACGUUACUAACAACGAGUUCACGCCCCAUAUCAGACUCAACUAUUUGGCCUUGACUCGUUGCGCUCCUUCUACCUGCAUGCCACUGUCAUCUGUCGAGCUUCUGGAUGUUAUUGACCUUCAUCACUGCAAAAAUAUUUCUUUUUAUGUUGAAUAUUUUUCUUUCAAAAAACAAUGUUUUUUAUUCUGUUGAAUUUUUCUUUCAAAGAACAAUGGAGCUGAGGUAUAUGGUGUAUCCAAGAUAAAAGAGUUAGAAAAUAUGGCAUAUCAAUGGAUCUAGAGAUGGAAGUACAGUGUGAUGUGAGAUUAUCUAACAUUUAUAUGGAUACUGGUUUUCAAUGAAAAGGGGUAA